CCUUUUCAAUCGUCUCACGCCUGUUCGGAGGGCACCGCCAUAGUCUGGGUGAAAUUAAUAAGAAAACAAAGUACUAGUUUUGUGGUUUUGGGAUUAAAAUGGGUGACAACAAAACACCCCGCAACAUUUUUGAUGGCUUCAUCAAUGCUGCCGUCACUUUAAUUGACUCGCCUGUCACCUGGUUCAGAGAGCGAGUGGUCACUCCAAACCGCGAAAGCUACCCUUGGUAUCACCAAAAGUUCCGCAGAGUGCCGACAAUUGAUGAGUGCUACACGGACGAUGUUAUUUGCUUUUAUGAAGCUAACUCGCAGUUCAAGAGAGACAAAGCUGUUGAUUCUGAAAUUUUGACCAUCCUUCGUGUCCGAAUGGAGGACUGCAAUAUGUUCCAUGGACCAGAUGCGGAGGCCAAGUGCAAAUCUCUUGUUGAAACCUAUAAGGAGGCCGAAGCCAACUGGUUCUGCAAAUAUGGAGAUUUGGGUUUCCACGGCAAUGUGAAGGAUGCUUACAUGAAGCAGAAGCAUCGCAUGGUUUGGGAGAGGCGCCACGGACCAGUCGGCAGUGGAAUGAGGGAUGCGGCAGCAGCUGCUGGAGAUGAAUAAAAAAACUGUUGAUAUUUUGUUAGUAGGAAAUGAUAUUGAGCGAUUUCGUGGUAAAAUGUAAAAUAGUUGAAAUACAGCCUUUAUUGACAAACA